CAACAAAAGAGGCUGUAUCAGUGCUUCAUGUUUAAACGUAAAGAGAUUUAGAAGCUGGCCUCCUUACAGGACGACUAAAAAGGAAAAAAAGAGCUAUGACAGGCCUCAAGAACAUUUCAAUCUGAAAACACUAAGUACCACUUUUUUUUGGUGAGAAAGUACUGUUGUGAGACGGAAGAGAGCCAGACAUUUUAUCUAUCUGCAACAAAGGAGGUUCUCUCAGAGGCAAACUUAAGGUUUAUUCCUGAUGUUACCUGGAAAGCUUAAAGAGCGGACGAAGAAACAGUUUGGGACUUCCAGUGCUGUUUCAAAGGGCUUCCACAACCUCUGGGAUGUCUCCACCAGGAAUUCAAAGACCACAAGUUUAGCAUCAAGUCCACGUCUGCUCUCCAAAUGCAGUCCUGGUUCCAGCAAGAACAAGGAGGAAUGUUCCCUUAUUGUAGACACCUGCAGCCCUGGCAGUAGUGACAGAAGCAAUGCUGGAGGUUCCUGUGGUAACAUCACCUGUGGAGCAGGCUAUAUCCCACUCAUGAAGGAACUGCAUAGGGCCUUUCUCAUGCGUGCUGAGUGCCCCAGGUUUAGUAACAUAUCAACUUCAACUUCUCAAUUUGGACCAGGUUUGGCUACUUUGUCUGAAUUGCCCAGUGGUGUAUACUUCAGAAAUACCAACUAUGAAAACUGGAGAAUGACAGAUGACACGGAAUCCUCCUCGGAUAUUUUAAAGACAUGUAAAACAGUGAAUAAGCUCAAACAUAGCAAGAGCGCCUACGAAUUUGAAUCCUUACGCCCAAAAGAAAGGAGUUCCAGUUCAGAGAGCCUAACAGAAAGUCCCCUAAUCAGCAAAAUGCCUUGGUAUGCUACUGUGAUUCAGGAUAAGGAUCGGACCUUGCUCAUGAUGAAAGAUGAGAUCAACCGACUUACUACCAUGGAAGAGGCUUGCCUGAAGAAGGACUCUGAGCUUGCCUUUCUCAAAGCAGAGGUGAAAUCACUAAAGAAACAGCUGCAACACCUAAAUGAAGUUCGAGGAACAGAUGUUGACUCCGAUGUAAAGAUCCCAAGCUUGAGCAAAGCCAUCGUUGGUGCCCCAGACAGAAGUCGGGACCUGGAGUCAAGUGACCAUAUGGCAGAAGAAACCCAGAUCUGUCCAGAGACCAAGAUGCGUAAGGAAGAGAGUUUUCUUUCCUGUAUGACUUAUGAAGAGUCUGAGCCACAAGACGAAAUCACCAUCAUAGGGGGAAAGGAUCAAGUGUGCCUGGACACCUAUGAGCCUCUCCCAUCCUAUGAUGCCAGAGAGGCCAGUGUCUCAGGAAGUGUUGUAAAAGAUGAAGAGGAGGUACAAAAAUCAAUGAAAGAGGCUUCUCGUUCUUUGGGAAGAGUCCGAAGGGCAGUCCUCCACCCUGAAGAGUGUUAUAGUGGAAUAGAAAGUAAAAUCACUGAGGAAGAUGAGAAAGAGUCCGAAGAGGACAUGGAAGGCGCUGAUUUUUUAGACAGGGAACUAGAGGAAGAGCUUAUGGCCAGGAUUGAGGAAUAUGAACAGGCGAAUCAAGAGCUCCUGAAUGAACUGGACAUCAUGAGAAAUGAGUAUUCAAUUGUUUCAGUUCCUCUUUCUUCUCUCCUUCCUGAUUCUCUUAUUUCCCUUUCUUUCUUCUUCAUUUCCUCCCUUUUCCUUCUUUUUUCUCCCUCUCCCCCUCUCUUCAUGUUUUCCUUUUCAUCUUUUCUUCCUCUUUAUUCUCUCUGUCUACUCUCUUUUCUUUGCUUUUCCAUAUCAUCCUCAUCUUUCUUAUCUUCCCCUUGCUACUCUUUAUUUUCUUUAUCUUGUUUUUUUUCUUGCUUAUUAUUUUUGUCUUGCUCCUUUUUAUUAUAUUAUAUCUUUCCUUCUGGCUAUUCUUUCUUCUCCCUCUCUUUUAUCUUUACUCUUUCAGGAACUAUUCUGUCUUUACAAAGACAAGUGGAUUUCCAGCAAUCUCAGCUGCAGAAAAUCACACUAGAAAAGGAAGUCCUGCAGAAAGAACUUCGAGAGCGGAAAGCUCAGCUUCAAGCCAUGUCUGACAAGUUUGGCAGCCUCCGAGAAGAGCGAAAGCAUGAAGAAAUGAUGGGCAACAUCGAGAAAGACAAUCUUGAUCUCAGACAGCAUGUAUCCGAGUUGGAGUUUGAGCUAAAGAAGAAGGAAGAUGUCAUCUCGGAGUAUGAUGCCAAGAUCAGUCAACUGGAGGGUCAGAUAAAUGCAAUGGAAAACCAAACGGAGAAAGAGAAACAGAGCAGGGACAACCUCCAGAAUCGCUAUGAGGAAAUGCAGCUAUCUGAGCAGCACUACCGAGUGGCCUUGGAGAGUUGCCAAGCCAGGCUUGAAAGGUUAAGAAAUAAAAUCAUGCAGGCAGCAUUCAGUACGACAGGAAUCAAAUCUCCAUCUUUAGAAAUUACAGACAAUGAUAUCCUAGAGGCUUUGCAGAAAAUCAUUAAUGAUCGACUGGAGUUUUAUCAGCAGCUGAAACAGAAAGGGGUCAAAGUCCCCCCCCUCAACCCGAAUGAGGUUGCUACUGCCCCCAAGACCAAGAAGGGCAAGUAACAUCUGGGAAGUAAUAUCCACUCUGGAAAAAUCUCUUAGGAUUUCUUCAAGCAAGUUGAGUCAAAGAAUCUAUUUUGUAUAUAA